CCUCAUAUGUUUUUAUUGGGGAUAAAAUUUAGGUAUCUAUGUGUGUGUAAAUAUUUCAUACUCUCUCACUAUUAAAGGUAUAUUUCUACCUUUACCUUAGGUAUAAAGAAAAUGGUUCUUAUUUUGUCGCAUUCAAAAAUCAAAACCAUAAAUAAAGGUUACUCGUGAACGGUUCAGUUGAGUACAAACAUUCGCCGGAAAUGGAGUUCCUCUGGACCUGCUUCUUCUACCUCUGUAUUGCCUUCUUUUUCAUUGCGACGCUAAAAUCGGCGACGAGAAGGAACUCGAAGCUACCGCCGGGACCAAGGCCUCUGCCGGUCAUCGGAAAUCUGCUGGAUCUCGGCGAGAAGCCUCACAAGUCGCUGGCCGCCCUCUCCAAGGUACAUGGCCCUGUUAUGAGUCUGAAACUCGGACAGGUUACUGCGGUGGUGGUUUCUUCUGCCGCCAUGGCUAAACAAGUCCUUCAAACCAACGAUCAAGAUUUGUGCAACAGAGCCAUUCCAGAUGCGCUGAAAGUUCUUGGCCACGACGAGUUAGGAUUUACAUGGAUUCCGGUUUCUCCUCUCUGGAGAAGCUACCGGAAAAUAUGCAACAACACGCUGUUCGCCGGAAAAAUUCUGGACGCGAACGAGAAUCUUCGCCAAAAGAAAGUGGAAGAGCUCGUCGCAAUUGUCUGGGAAAGCGCGUCGAUGGGCGAGGCGGUGGAUGUAGGGAGGUUAGGGUUUACGACGACGCUGAAUCUACUCUCGAACACAAUUUUCUCCGUCGAUUUUGCGGAUCCGAAUUCCGAAUUGGCGAAAGAGUUCAAGAAUAGCGUAUGGAGCAUCAUGGAAGAAGCUGGAAAGCCUAAUUUGAGCGACUAUUUCCCGGCGUUGAGGAAGCUGGACAUUCAGGGGAUUAGGGAGAGGAUGACGAUUCACAUGGGGAAGAUCUUGAAUCUUCUGGACGACAUGAUCAACCAGAGGAUAAAGCAGCAGCAACUUAAUCCCAAUUUUGCUCCCAACAACGAUAUGUUGCAUUACCUUCUGAGAAACGAAGAUGGCGAAAUUGAAAAAAAUCAAAUCCAACACUUACUACUCGUACUGUUCGUCGCCGGCUCGGAUACAACUUCAGCGACGCUACAAUGGGCAAUGGCGGAGCUAUUGAGGAAUCCAGAGAAGUUAGCAAAAGCUAAAGCGGAAAUCAGGCAAGUUUUGGGGAAGAAGAAGGCCGUGGAGGAGGCGGACAUUCCAAAGCUGCCAUAUCUGCAGGCGGUGGUGAAGGAAGCUUUCCGGAUGCAUCCGGUGGCUCCUUUGUUGCUACCUCGUAAGGCGGAACGAGAAGUGGAAAUUGGAGGUUUCACAAUCCCGAAGGAUGCGCAGAUGCUGGUAAAUGCGUGGGCGAUCGGCAGAGAUCCGAAGAGCUGGGAGAAUCCAGAAUUGUUCGAACCGGAGAGGUUUUUAGGAUCGGAAAUUAACGUCAAAGGGCGGAGCUUCGAAUUGAUUCCGUUCGGCGGAGGGAGGAGGAUCUGCCCUGGAUUGCCAUUGGCGAUGAGAAUGCUGCAUUUAAUGCUGGGUUCGCUCAUCAAUUUCUUCGAUUGGAAGGUUGAAGAUGGAUGCGAGGUGAACAUGGAGGAUAAAUUUGGAGUCACUGUGGAGAUGGCUCGUCCACUGAGGGCACUCCCUUGCCUAAUUUAAGGGAGUAAAAAUCUAUCUACUUUAUUUUUACCCAAAGUAAAAUGAGUGAAGUUUAUCUUUUUUCUCAAUUGGUUUUGAAGAUUGAGAAGUGUUGGUGGAACGGUAGGUAACGAGAUCAAGUUGAGAAAAGAAAAAAGAAAUCGAAAGAAAUUUAAUUUAGUGGUACUAAAGAUGGAGGUAGCUUUCUCAAUAAAAGUAUGGAAUUUGGAUGUAA